AUGGCGAAACCAACUGUCACCCUCAUCCCAUGGGACCCUUAUUCCCCCAAACAUGUCAAGCGCAUGGUUGAGCAGCGGAUAGUUUGUGGCUGGCAUGCGCCAAUUGUCGCGACUGAAUGGAAAGAUGGACACAUUAACGGGACGAAGUGCAUUUACUGGAUUAUCUUCCCACAGGACGAGCCAGAGCGUGAGAAAUACCUCAAGAUGCACAUCAAGGCUUAUCCCAAGGAGACAGAAGAACUCGUCGAUUCAAGCAAGACGCUACUCGGAAAUCCGCGCGUUCCCACUAAUGUAAAACUCCUUCCAGUUGGGCAUAUCGCUCUCGGCCUUGGUGUCGGCGGAGCUGCUAUGAAUAUCGCUGAACGCAUGGCCACGGAGGAACCCCUCAACGCUAGACAUCUCCUACUAGACACGGUGGACCACGACGAUCAAUCCGACAAGGACUUUGCUAUAGCUAACUAUGGAGGAGAGUUCAAGAUUCCCACUCAGGCCUGGUACGAGAGACGUGGAUACAGGUUGAUUGGUACAGUCGAAAACCUGUACCAAGAUCCUGAUCCGAACGGGAAAAUUUGGCCAUCCAGAACAGUCUUCUUACAGAAAGACAUAGUUUAG